AUCGUUCAGUUAUUAAUGUGGUUCCGAACCCAAAACGUGUGUGAAAAUAAUUGCUGAAAAUAAAAACGAGUUAGGAACGAAACAAAUGAUAAGAUUUUAACAAUAACAAAACAAAACGCACUCGUAUCGUAUCUAAUAAAAAUGUCAAUUGGCUGCAAACAAAGGGAAAAAUGUUAAAAAUUAUUAAUUUUUCUGUUAUAUUUUUAAUCACUGUACAACUUUUGCAAGCAAAAAAAGUCCAGGUGAUUGAAUUGACCAAAUGGUCCUUGCGGGACAGUGACUCUCUCAUUACAGAAAAGCCAAUUGACGUGGCAAAGAUUCCCUCUGGAGUAUACACGGCACUUGCAUCCAAAAAGAUCUGUGGAGAUCUUCUCGGUCCGGGCAAUGAUGUCGACCUUCGCUGGAUUGCAAACAAGACCUGGAUCUAUAGCACAAGCUUCGAUAUGGCCGAUGAAUUGGGUCACGAUAGUCUGGUGAACCUGACGUUUCAUGGCAUUGAUACAGUAGCCAAGAUUUGGUUGAAUGGAAAUCUUCUGGGGGAGACGGAAAACAUGUUCGUUCGCUACUCCUAUGUUGUGGGUCAUCUGCUGCAGGUGAGUCCCAAGCACAAUCAACUAGAGGUCGAAAUAUUCUCCCCGCUGAUGGAGGCCAAUGCACGAGCAAAGCAGCUGGAGGAGAAGGGCAAUGGUGCUCCGCCAAGUUGUCCCCAAUCGCGUGGAGAUGUCGAAUGUCAUGGCAAUAUGUUGCGCAAGAUGCAGAUGAGCUUUGGUGGUGAUUGGAAUCCUGCAGCACUCUCCUCCGGCUUAUGGAAACCCGUCACUAUCGAGUAUUAUACGGUUGCAUUUCUGCGGGAAGUGGAUGUGGCUCUUAAGCGAAAUGAUACCCACUGGACAAUGGAUUGUCGUGCCUUCAUCAGCACUCCUGACUCGGAAAGCUUCUAUGUACAGCUUGUGGUUUAUUCCAGCGACUUAUUUGAGGAACCGUUUAUCUUGAAGCAACAAAAGCUGAGUUAUGCAUCGUCCAAUUUGGAAUUCCAAAUCCACAUACCCAAAGAGAAAGUCAAACUCUGGUGGCCCAAUGGCUAUGGAGCACAGAAGCUAUAUCCCGUGUCUUUUAAUCUGAAGACUUAUCGCAGCGAAGAUGGACCCAGUUUGAGUUCACGCACAGAUUCACAAAAGCUUUUGAAUAUUGGCUUUCGCACCAUUGAGUUGGUCGAGGAUGAGGAUGAACGUGGUCGCACCUUUUAUUUUCGAGUCAACGGUCAUCCCAUAUUUAUGAAGGGUGUCAACUAUGUGCCGGCUCACACCUUACCAGAGCUGUCAGCGGAUUCGGAAACGUUGCAGCAUUUGUUGAAGUCGGCUCAGGAGGCCAAUAUGAACAUGAUUCGCGUCUGGGGCGGUGGCCUUUAUGAGUCGGAUACUUUUUACAGCCUAGCCGACAGCUAUGGCCUAUUGGUCUGGCAGGACAUGGCCUUUACCAAGGCCACUUAUCCCGUUACCGACGACCUAAUCGUCUCCAUGCGUGUAGAGGCGGCACAGAAUGCCCAACGAAUCUCCCAUCAUGCCAGCUUGGCCAUGAUUGUGACCAACAAUGAGAUUGAAUUGUAUUUGGUCAAGAAUCGUUCGGAUUUUGGCAGCGAAGCGAAACGUCUAGAAGAUGAAUAUAAACUGCUCUUUAUGGGUAUUCUGUCUCCGGAACUGAACAUUAUAUCGCGAAAUGAUUUUAAGCCCCGCCCUGGACCUAUGAUUUCCACGCCCUCAAUGGGCAUUGCAGAGUCUGGCAAGGAGCUAGCCAAGGAUCCCCAGAGUCCGCAUUGUGGCGAUGUCCAUUUCUAUGAGGAUGACAGCCCCACACAGACUACAUAUCCAGAGGCUCGUUUUGUGUCAGAAAUUGGAUUUAUCAGUCUGCCCAUACGAUCGUCCUGGCUGAGAGUGCUUGGCCACAAUGCCAGUGAGGAAAGCCUGGCAGCUCUUAUUCGACAACGUCAACAUCAUCCAAAAGGAUUUAUUCCCCUGUUACGGCAAAUUGCCUACGAUCUGCCGUUUAAACUGCAGAACUGGGAGGAUAACAUUGAUGAAUUCAUCUACUUCAGUCAGGUGUCCCAAGCCAUGUCCACCAAAAAGGCAGUUGAAUUGUUUCGCAGCAGACGUGAUAAUUACUCGACUAUGGGUGCCCUCAUCUGGCAGUUGAAUGACGUCUGGAUAGCGCCAACAUGGUCCUGCAUUGAUUUUUAUGGCAACUACAAACUGGUCUAUUUGUGGGCAAAGGAAUUUCUAGCAUCUCUCAGUAUCAUAGCGACAUAUCAUGAGAUCAGUAAUCACAUUAAUAUAACCAUAACGAGAGAGGACUAUAUGGAGGAUCGUGAUACACAGUACAAUCUUUUCAUCAACACAUUCCUCUGGAAUGAUAUAUAUCCCAAAACGGCCAUCGCUAGAGCUAUAGGCCUGGGCUCAAAUGCAAUUGAUAAGCUGAACAUACCUCUGGAAUCGGUGUUGUACGAAAAGGCUACCAGGUCGGAAAUCUUCUUGGAAAUACUACUGAAGGAUAAGCAAGAACGGAUUGUGGCACAAAAUUAUUUUUAUCCUGUUCCCAUUAAGAAUAUUGUUGGCAUUAAAAAUCCUGAACUACAGCUUGAGGUGCAGAGAAGUAAUUGUGGUACUGCCAAGCCUUAUAUUAAUAGCUUCAGCUUGCGUAUAACUGUUAAAUAUCCGGCUUUAUUUGUUUACUUGGAGCUGGCUCAUCAGAACUAUUCGGAAUUUCGGCACACAUUCUCAAUGAAUGGAUUCACACAGACGAUGCCGCGGCAGAAUGUGCACUUGGAGAUUGACACUGAUUCAGAAUGCAUAGAGCUUAAACCUGAGCAUAUUGUUGUGAAGACCAUGAAUCAGUAUAUGGUAUAAGUAUUAUAAAGAAUGUCUAGUAUAAUGAAUGAUAGGAUAUGCUGAUUCCUGAAUUUUCCUAACAAACCUUCCUUCACAUUGCAAUUUUAAAAU